AUGAGAGCUCUACGUUCCAGACCCUUUCUCUCCCUCGUCACACGUGAAGGAGUAAGAAUCAGGUCAUUACAUCCUACACCUACUGUCGAUCCUCCCUCCCCUCCGCAUUCCCACCCUGCGCACUCAGAGUUGGAACCUGGCGACGAUGAUCCCAGACACCGUAGUGGAUCGUCUGAGAAACCGAAGCUCUCUACAAGCACGAAUGACUCUUCUCCCUCUGCCCAUCCCUCUCAUUCUUCUGUAUUCACAUCAGAAGUUUCCAAAAACCCAUACACUCAACAAUCCGGUCUGAAACAAUUGACCAAUGGUCCGAAUAAAAGUUCCGAGACAGAAGAAAGAGAUAUCGUCCGAGCUAGAGCUUGGUAUCUCUCCCCAUCUUCAUCAUCUCAACUAAAUCAUCUUCCCAAAUAUCCCUCUUCAAGCUCAGAUCCAACAAAACCUACAUCAUCUUCAUAUAGAUCACGUCGCACAACGACAUUCGAUCCUCUUUCCACUCUACCAAAUAUCAUUCAAAAACCAAUACGACCUCUUCCGGAUGAUUGUCCAGAUUCAUUAAGAUCAUUACAUUCAUUCUUGGUUCACAAAGCGGAAAGUGUGGAUCCUUCUUCCGUUCUUGUUUUCCCCACUUUACGAUGGAACCAAGAACCAGGAGAUGAAUCGGAUGGUAUGGAAUGGAAAUCACCAGAGAGUGAUCGUAUAACAUGGAAAGAGAGGCAGAUAGAAGAGAAUGAAUAUGAUAGUGAGGGUAAUCAGGGAACAUUUGGACCUGGACAUAGAGAACGGGAUAUUAUGAAAGAUAAGAGUAGGUCAAAUAGUUGGGGUUUGAAAUUAGGCACAGGCAAAGGACAGAGAGAAGAUGAAUUUGGAGAUGUUAUUGAUCCCCCUAAAGGAAAAACUGGACCAAGAUGGGAUUGGAUCUUAUUAGCUACUGUUAGAGGUAGAGGAAGUGGGGUGGUUCCUCGUGCUGAACGUGAAGUGAGAGUUUGGCUUCGAGACGAUCCCCUCAGUCCUGAACGUCUCACACCUCGACGUGUACCAAGAGAAGAAGCCGACUCAGAUUGGGCACUUAUCCCCCUUGAUAGAGUUAGUGCAUGCGUCAAUUUAUUCACCCCUGCCGGUCGAGCUCGAUGGCGAUUGGAGGAAGUAUGGGGUGCAAGUUAUAUAGAUGCAUAA